AUGAAGGAAGUGGGCCUGGCCAUCAUGGACCUUCGCAGGCCCGAACUGCUGCUGACUCAAUUCACCGACUCCAAGAGCUACUCAUUUACUACGUCAAAGCUUGUCCUCCUUCCCAACACGGCUAUCGGGUCCGAGCUUUACGAGGCGAUAAAGGAGAACUUCAAGGAUACCGACGUCAUCGAUGUAAAUCGGAAGUACUUUUCUGAGUCGUAUGGAGCGCAAACAGUCUCACGGCUCGUAGUCCCCGAGAACAGCAGCAUCGAGCACUCUGUUUCGUCCAAGUAA